AGAAAGAAAAUACAGCAGGGCAGUAGCAGCAAAUUCAACCACAAACAAACUGUGAGAGGGAAAGAGAAGCAAUCAAUAAUGACAAAAGCUCUAAAACUUCCGGUGAUCGAUCUUUCAUCAUCAGACCGGAUCUCCACCGCCAACUCUAUCCGUCAGGCCUGCAUGGACUAUGGCUUCUUUUACGUCGUCAAUCACGGGGUAGAGGAGAAACUGUUACAAAAUGUGUUUGAUGAAAGUAGCAAGUUUUUUUCACUUCCACUUGAAGAGAAGAUGAAAGUAGCAAGGUUUUUUCCACUUCAUGCCGAGAAGCUUGGUUCUUCUACUACUUCUAAAGGAGAUUUAAAAGAAACGGUCUCUAUCAGCCCCUUACAACCUGCUGAGAGUUUUCCGAACCAGUGGCCUUCUAAAGAAUUAUUACCUUCAUGGAAACUCGUAAUGGAGAAGUAUUAUGAAAAAGUGUUGUCUGUUGGGAAGAAGUUGAGCUAUUUGAUUGCAUUGUCUUUGAAUUUGGAUGAGGACCACUUUGACAAAAUAGGGGCUUUAGACAGACCAUUGUGUUUUUUGCGUCUGUUGCACUAUCCAGGUGAAAUGGGGGUUUCGGAUGAGAUUGUAUAUGGGGCUUCUCCACAUUCUGAUUAUGGAAUGAUCACUCUUCUGGCGACAGAUGGCGUUCCCGGCCUCCAGGUAUGCAGGGAUAAACUUAAGCAGCCACAGAUCUGGGAGGAUGUUAUAUAUGUCAAUGGGGCCUUCAUUGUUAAUCUUGGGGACAUGAUGGAAAGAUGGACUAAUUGUCUAUUCCGAUCAACAUUACACCGAGUUAUGCCAACCGGGAAAGAACGAUACUCGAUGGCAUUCUUUUUGGAACCUAACCGGGAUUGCAUAGUUGAGUGCUUGGAAAGCUGCUGGAGUGAGUUAUCCCCUCCACGGUAUGUAACAAUGUUUCCUCCUAUCCGUAGUGGAGAUUACCUAAGGGAGCGUAUCAAUGCUGCAUAUUCCUCAUAGCAGGAUUGAGAUGUAUUUGCAAUCGCUGAAGAUGAAGAUAUGUAUCAUAUGUUUCAAUGUAUUUAUAGUGUCUUCAUAGACUAUAAGACAUGUUACAAUUUCUUUCUUUGUAUUGUUUUCAUUGUCUAGGAUACUUAAAAGUUAAAAAUGAAAAUAUCUCCAUCACUACCA